AUGCCCUUCAAUGGUGAGAAGCAGUGUGUGGGCGAGGACCAGCCAAGCGAUUCAGACUCUUCCCGGUUUUCCGAAAGCAUGGCUUCGCUCAGUGACUAUGAGUGCUCCAGGCAGAGCUUUACAAGUGACUCUUCUAGCAAAUCCAGCUCUCCUGCUUCAACAAGCCCUCCCAGGGUUGUAACAUUUGAUGAAGUGAUGGCUGCAGCAAGGAACUUAUCAAACAUGACUCUUGCUCAUGAGAUUGCUGUAAAUGAGAACUUUCAAUUGAAACAAGAUGCCCUCCCUGAGAACAGCUUGGCCGGUAGAGUGAGGCACAUUGUCCACCAGGCCUUCUGGGACGUCUUGGAAUCAGAACUGAACGCUGAGCCCCCUGAGUAUGAACACGCCAUCAAACUGUUUGAAGAAAUCAGAGAGGUUCUCCUCUCUUUUCUGACUCCUGGUGGCAACCGGCUUCGCAACCAGAUCUGUGAAGUUUUGGACACAGACCUCAUUAGGCAGCAGGCUGAGCACAGUGCUGUCGACAUCCAAGCCCUGGCCAACUACGUCAUCAGUACGAUGGGAAAGCUGUGCGCUCCUGUGCGAGAUGAUGAUAUCAGAGAGUUAAAGGCUACCUGCAACAUCGUGGAUGUGCUGAGACAAAUAUUUCAUGUCCUGGAUCUCAUGAAAAUGGACAUGGUCAAUUUUACAAUUAGGAGUCUGAGACCACAUCUCCAACGCCAGUUGGUAGAUUAUGAGAGAACCAAGUUCCAAGAAAUUUUAGAAGAAACUCCGAGUGCUCUUGAUCAAACUACAGAAUGGAUAAAAGAAUCUGUACAUGAAGAAUUACUUUCUCUUUCUGAGACUGCUUUAACUCCCGGGGCCAAAAACAGCUCCAAGCCAAGCCUGAGCCCUACAUUGGUGCUAAAUAAUAGUUAUUUGAAAUUGUUACAGUGGGAUUAUCAGAAAAAAGAAUUACCAGAGACACUCAUGACAGAUGGAGCACGUCUUCAGGAACUGACAGAAAAGCUGAAUCAACUGAAAAUGAUUGCCUGCCUGUCUCUAAUCACCAACAACAUGGUGGGUGCUAUGACAGAAGGCCUACCUGAGCUUGCAAUCAGGCUAAAAAAGAUUUCAGCUGUUCUACUUGAAGGCAUGAACAAAGAGACUUUUAACUUGAAGGAAGUCCUAAAUUCUAUCGGUGUUCAGACUUGUGUUGAGGUAAACAAGACCCUGAUGGAGAGAGGUUUACCUGCUCUAAAUGCUGAGGUUCAGGCUAAUCUUGUAGGUCAAUUCUCAAGCAUCGAAGAGGAGGACAAUCCUAUCUGGUCCUUGAUUGAAAAACGAAUCCAGCUGUACAUGAAGAGCCUACUUUGUCUGCCAAACCCUCAAAAAUGUAUGCCUGCCAUGCCAGGAGGCCUCACUGUCGUUCAGCAGGAGCUAGAGGUGCUAGGCUCGCAAUAUGCAAGCAUUGUGAAUCUCAACAAACAAGUGUAUGGACCAUUUUAUGCAAAUAUACUUCGAAAGCUGCUCUUCAGUGAGGAAGCCACGGGGAAGGCGGAAGCUUCAUCAUCUGCUAACUAA